UCCGCCACAGCUUUCGAGUUCCUUGGCCCCGAGCCAUCAACCCACGUCAGAGCUCCAUUUACCCCAGAACCCAUCACGACGCCAGCGGCUGCUCUCGAGGGCAUAGCUUACACGCCAUGGCCGAUGCACCGCCGGGCCCGCAGACGGACGUGUCGCGCCCGUCUGCGCUGCCGACAGCGCGCCUGAUAGGACAGCGCGCGCGCGAGAACCAGGCGCUGGUCGACCAGUCGUCGGACGAAUACCUCAACGCCAUCGAGGAGGACUGGAACAAGAAGAUCGACGCCGACGUUGAGGCGCUCGUGGACGGUAUGACGGAUCUCGUGGGCCUCGCAUCGAUCGGGACCAAGGAUAAAUUUCGCAUCGCUCAGGAAUCUUUCCAAGCCCAAUGCCGUGCAGAGUCUAUGGUUCGCGCGGCCAACUCGCUCCUCUCUACGGUCCACUCCAUGAAGCUCCUCCUUCUCAUCUCCGACGAAGCCCAGAUCGCGAACAAGCGCGACGCCGAGCUCAGAUCGGUCCGCGCCGAGUCGGACGCCGCGCGGAAGGAGGCCGCCCAGCUCCUGGACGAGCUGCUCAAGGGAACGACGCCUUCUUCGGCCAACGACGAGCCCGAGACCACUCCCGAUACCCCCGCCGUCACCCACGACGAGCACGGGAUAGACACGCAGAAGGACGACACGGGCACUAAAGAUUCGUUCCAAUCUCGAGCCUGAUCUCUGCGUUAACGCCCCACCACCUCGCCUUCGCCUUCGCCUUCUCCACGACCCAUCGCCAGCACCGACCCUCGCAAACGCUCUAAACAUACGCGCUCAAAUCUCCGGGCUAUCGGAAGGGAGGAACCCGUGACGCGAUCAUGACCUAUCAAACCCGACCUGCACGGCCACGCGCUCAACUGGGGCGCAGGACGCCGGCCCACCUCCCUAUCUCCUCGAAAUCUGCCGCAUCUGAGAUAGCCAUCAUCCAGGGCAUCAUCAGAACAAACACGCGCGUCGUGCCCGUGGGGAUCGCACGCAGUCAUAAUAGCACGUCCAUCCGCCGAGUUGCAGGGUUGUAUCCCAGCACCCAAUGCGGGCCCGCUGUAUCAGGGCAUUCAGCUGCGCGUGGCCAUGUAUAACACAGGGGUAGAGCCUAGCCCCUCGUCCUACGCAUCAUCAGGCUUCCGUACUCGGAGCACAAGUCAAGAGACGCAAAAAGAAACGACAUACCAUUCGCGGAUUGCUCUAGGCUUGAGCUUAUGCUUAUCUGUGCACACGGGCGGACCGCGGCCGUCGGCGCCUGAGGAUCACUUCGAGAUCCCGUUCGCGACCAAUAUAUUAUCAUACACCGCUUGCGUGUCGGCGAACUCGUUUUCAUACCUCGCAGCAAAAUAAAAAUAAAAAUCGCGCACUGCACACCGCGCCUUCGCAAGCGCUGGAAGCCGUCGACGAUCC